AUUUUUGGUAACUCGUGGACAACAACGCUUACUUGCUCUGAUUUUGAUGGGAGAAAUUUGAGGCAGCCUCCAGCUGCGGGAGCUGCUCCCCGCUGAAUCGUAGGCCGCGGCGAGGUGUCGUCAGGCCAUGGCCACCAAGAUGCGCAAGCUGCCGAGCGCCGUUUUGCUGUUCCUCUUGGUCGCGGACCUGGGAUGGGCAUGGGCGCUGAUCCCUUCUUCCUCCCCCGCAGGCCUCUCCGCCAGGCGCUACGACUCCAUCUUCAGCUUCGGCGACUCCUACGCCGACACCGGCAACAACCCCGUCGUCUUCGCCGCCAACUCCGUCUUCAACGUUGUGACGCGCCCACCCUACGGCUCCACCUUCUUCGGCCGCCCCACCGGCCGCAACUCCGACGGCCGCCUCAUCAUCGACUUCUUCGCUCAACGCCUGGGCCUGCCGCUCGUCCCGCCGUCCCUGGCGCACAACGGGAGCUUCCGCAGAGGCGCCAACUUCGCCGUCGGGGGCGCCACCGCUAUCGACGCCGCUUUCUUCCACGACGGGUCCGAUCCCGGCAACAAGUUCCCUCUCAACACCAGCCUGGGCGUCCAGCUGCAGUGGUUCCAGGCUCUCAAGCCUUCCCUCUGCCGCACCACCCAAGAGUGCAAAGCAUUCUUCGGCAGAUCCCUCUUCUUCGUGGGCGAAUUCGGGGUCAACGACUACCACUUCUCCUUCCCCACCAAGAGCCUGCAAGAGAUCACGGCGUUCGUUCCAGAUGUGAUCAGGGCCAUCUCAAUGGCAAUCGAGAGGCUGAUCAAGCACGGGGCGACGAGUUUCGUCGUCCCCGGGACAAUCCCCUCAGGGUGCACGCCGCAGUUCAGCAGCUACCUCGCCAAAGACAACCCGGCAGAAUACAACUCCACCACCGGCUGCCGGGAAGAUUAUAACAAGCUAGGGAUGCACCACAACCUGCUGCUGCAGGAGGCCCUGGAGAAGCUCCGGGGCAGGCACCCGGACGCCAUGAUCGUCUACGCCGACCUCUUCGGCCCCAUCAUGGACAUGGUUGAGUCACCUCGCAAGUAUGGGUUUGAAGAAGACGUUCUUACCAGCUGUUGCGGAGGGCCCGGGACACUUGUCUGCGGCGACGAAGGUGCCAAUGUAUGUGAGAAACCGGCUGCUCGUCUGUUCUGGGAUGUCGUCCACUUGACGGAGGCGGCUUACCGCUACAUCGCCGAUGGCUGGCUGGGCAGCAUAGACUCCCCUGCAGCUGCAAGAGAGAGCAGGUAUCAGUUAGUGAGGUAGCAGAAGCUGCUCUGCUUCAUGGACUGUUGGCUAUGUGGAGUCUGGCCUGUCUGAACCGAAAUACACUGGAGAUGAAAUGUAAGCAUGCAAGUUUAUUUUGGAAACCACUUGCUGUUCUUUUCGGAGCUACAUUUCUCGGUUAAGUUGAUCGGCUGGAUCUGAUCUGGAAAUUCCUGAUUACAACAUUGAGACACUUAUCUUGGAUCGAAGGGAGUAAUAUAUUUUAGAGCCAAAAA